UAGUAAAAACAAUAACGAGCCCAGAUAACCAAAGCUCCACACCGUUUAUUCGUCUCCUUCCUUCCUCCCCCUGGCUCUCUCACCCCACCCACCCACACGAGUUUCUUCUUGUUUCGCGGUUAUUGAAAUCUCGCGGGCGCGGCGAAAGUAAGGUAGGUUUGAGAAACUCGUGUGUGUUGUGUAGUCUCGUGGAAAGUAUAAGAAAAUGCAUAGUGCUAAUAGACGGAGAACGAGGAGUAGUGGAUCUGGUUUGGACCAGACAAAUCCAGAAGUUGACAAAGUUCCUCCUGUUCUACAAACACCAGAGGCAGAGAUUCACAUGAAACAUGCAGAGGAACCGACGAGGAAUGAGGGAAAGGGUAUCUCCAAUGGGGUUUCUGGUGAAGAACAUAAGUCAACAACUCCUGUAACCGGAAAGAAGAGCUCAGUUCCCCAUCGUCGUGAGGUUGUCCUUGGUCUUCCUUGCCGUGGACAAUUCGAAAUCCACCGGAGUUCUAAGAAGCUCGGAGGAGGUGGUGGUGAAAGGAAUGUGGUGGUUUCAGCUCACAAGAGAUGUGAAGAAGCUGCUGGAUCAUCUUCCGUUGAUGUUAAUGCCGCACCCACGCCUGUAGAUGGAUCAAAGAAGAGGAAGGAAUCUAUUGUGAGGAAAAGCGAAGUUAGAGAAGAUGAUGAGUACACAAGAAUCAAAAAGAAGCUUCGGUAUUUUCUUAACAGGAUUAGAUACGAGCAAAGCCUAAUUGACGCUUAUUCUUUAGAAGGCUGGAAAGGUUCAAGUGCGGAGAAGCUAAGGCCAGAGAAAGAGCUUGAACGAGCCAAGAAGGAGAUUCUAAAACGCAAGGUUAAAAUCAGAGAGCUUUUUCAGCACCUGGACACACUCUGUGCCCAAGGAAGCAUUCCAGAGUCUUUAUUUGAUUCUGGUGGAGAGAUUUCUAGUGAGGAUAUCUUCUGCGCUAAAUGUGGUUCUAAGGAGUUGCCUAUUGAUAAUGAUAUCAUACUAUGCGACGGGUUUUGUGACCGUGGCUUUCACCAAUACUGUGUUGAACCACCUUUGCGAAAAGAAGAUAUUCCUCCGGAUGAUGAGAGUUGGUUAUGCCCUGGAUGUAAUUGCAAAGAUUACAGCUUGGACUUGCUUAAUGAGUCUUUAGGGACAAAACUUUCGGUCAGCGACAGUUGGGAGAAAGUUUUUCCUGAGGCAGCAGCAGCAAUGGCUGGUGGAGGUCAAUCUCUGGACUGUGAUCUUCCUUCAGAUGAUUUCGAGGACGAAGAGUAUGAUCCAGAUGGUUUGAAUGAUAAAGCAGACGAUGAAGAUGGCAGUGAUGACAGCGAUGAGUCUGAGAACGAAGAUGGGAGUUGUGAUGAAUCUGAUUGCACAUCUGCAUCUGAUGAAAUGGUCGAAACGUUUAAAGAAGCGAAAGAUAUAAUGGACCUUCCAUCUGACGAUUCUGAGGAUGAUGACUAUGAUCCUGAUGCUCCGGUUCCUGAUGAAGAUAAAAUGCAAGAAUGUUCUGAUUCAGAUAAUACAUCAGACUCUGAGGAUCUUGAGGCUUCCUUCAAAGGCGACGAGUCUAAUCAGCAAGAUGAAGGGAAACCCGGCGGAAAGAAAUCUCAGCUCCCAGAUGUUCCCAUUUCAGAGUCAGAUACUGGGAUUGAUGAUGAUGGUCUCGUAGAUGUUCCUGGGAGGAGGAAGGUUGAAAGGCUGGACUACAAAAAGCUCUAUGAUGAUGAAUAUGAGAACGUUCCAACGUCUUCAAGUGAUGAUGAGGAUUGGGAUAAAACUGCAGGAAAAGAAGAUUUCGAGUCUGCAGAAGAAGGGGACAACGUGCCUCUGAAACAGCACACAGAAGCAGAAGAACAUACUUCUACCAAGAAACCUAGACAGAUAUCUAAAAGAGAAAGCAAAAAGGAUACUUUGAAAGCGCCACAAGAAGUACCUAGAGAAAAUGGUUGCUCUGGCGGAAAAAGCAGCUCUGCAGUAUAUAAUAAACAGACAAACCCCAGAACCCAGAGACUGUUCAAAUCUUUUGAAGAGAAUCGAUAUCCAGACAUUACCACGAGAGAGAACUUAGCUAAAGAGUUGGAGAUGACAGUUAAACAAGUUAGUAGCUGGUUUAAUAAUACGCGUUUUUCGACAAACAAAAGAAUGGCUUCAAAGGAAGAUGUUGAAAAGUUAAGAACAGGUGAAGGGGAGACAUCUGUUGCUGGAAGUAGCGAACAAACCAUGGAAACCAACUCAGUCAUAGUGAAUAAGAUUGGAGCAUUGAAUAUAACCAAUACUGGAUCAAGGAAAAGAAAACAAUAUGAUGAAAUGCUUGAAUCGUUUAAAGAAGCAAAAGAUAUAAUGGACCUUCCAUCUGACGAUUCUGAGGAUGAUGACUAUGAUCCUGAUGCUCCGAUUCAUGAUGAAGAUAAAAUGCAAGAAUGUUCUGAUUCAGAUAAUACAUCAGACUCUGAGGAUGUUGAGUCUAAUCACCAAGAUGAAGUUACACAACGUGGUAAGCCCGGCAGGAAGAAUUCUCAGCUCCCAGAUGUUCCCAUUUCAGAGUCAGAUACUGGGAUCGAUGAUGAUGGUCUCGUAGAUGUUCCUGGGAGGAGAAAGGUUGAAAGGCUGGACUACAAAAAGCUCUAUGAUGAGGAAUAUGAGAAUGUUUCAACGUCUUCAAGUGAUGAUGAGGAUUGGGAUAAAACUGCGGGAAAAGAAGACUUGGAGUCUGCAGAAGAAGGGGACACCGUACCUCUGAAACAGCACUCAGAAGCAGAGGAGCAUACUUCUACCGAGAAACCUAGACAGAUAUCAAAAAGAGAAAGCAAAAAAGAUGCUCUGGAAGCGCCACAAGAAGUACGUAGAGAAAAUAGUUGCUCUGGCGAAAAAAGCAGCUCUGCAGUAUAUAAUAAACAGACAAACCCCAGAACCCAGAGACUGUUCAAAUCUUUUGAAGAGAAUCGAUAUCCAGACAUUAACACGAGGGAGAACUUAGCUAAAGAGUUGGAGAUGACAGUUAAACAAGUUAGUAGCUGGUUUAAUAAUACACGUUUUUCGACAAGCAAAAGGAUGGCUUCAAAGGAAGGUGUUGAAAAGUUGAGAGGUGAAGGGGAGACAUCUGUUGCUGGAAGUAGCGAACAAACAAUGGAAACUAACUCAGUCAUAGAGAAUAAGAUUGGGGCAUCGGAUUUAACCAAUACUGGAUCAAGGAAAAGAAGGCGAAGGUUGAUUUAGGAAUAUUCAUGAUGGUUUUAGAUCUAUAGUGAAGACAUAGACGAAUAUAGUUGAACACACAAACUAGAGAAAUGAAGGAUCAAACCUCACCAGUCAUCAGGUUGGUUAUGUUAUUAACUUGUUAUACAUUUUUGGGGUGUGCUUAUGGAUCUGAAGACCUCAACCUGUAGCAUUGGAAGAAUCAGUGAAGCUAUAGUAAGGCAAAAGAAAUAAACAUUUUUUCAAAAGGUUGGAUAUAAGUUCAUAACUGUUUCAUUUUAUUAACAGAGAUUUUGACAGAGCAUUUUUUGGUUUUGGUUGAUCGGUUUAAAGUUAAUAAUAGAUUUGGUUUAGUUUAACCGUUUUGAAAUCAUGAAUUGAAUAAGUUUUGAAUUGUAAUUAAUUAAACAGAGAGAAGGUGUCGGUUGGUUAACUCUCUCUCUCCAUUAUCCUCUCAUCUCUCCCUUCCUCCUUCAACCAAAAGUCUCAGCUGCAACUCCGGUGACCGGCGCGUGGCGGCUCCCUUAGCGCCACCGCCGGUACCGUUAGCCUCGCUUUCGUUGUGUUUGAUAGAUCUCGUGAUUAGGUGGUGUUAGGGCUUAUUGAUAGUGUUGGUCAUUCCGGUUGGCGUUUGUCGUGUCUUUAGCAACGGGUGUGUAUAUGGCGGGGCCAGAUACUCCGGCUUCAGUUUCUACAACAGAUUGCCUGUUGGUUUUGACCUGGUCUUGUUCCUGUUCUCGGCUUUUCUUCCUAUCAGUUCCAAGGUUGCUCUUCUGAAUGUUGAUUCAAGUCUGGUUUGGGGUUCGUCUUUCGGAUGUGGUCUUGUUGCGGGAGCAUCUACUUUCUCUUCCUAGAAGCUGUGUGUUUCUGGUUGGGUUAUUAGCGUCGCAGUGGUUCUGUCCUUCAGGUCUUCUCUUGCGUGGAGGUGGCCAUUCUUCAGUCGGUAGAUGGCUGAGUUUGGGAUGCGAGUGUCCGUGUGUUAGAGUUGGAGGUCUUAGAAGGCGUUUUCCCAGGUCAGAGUUCAAAGUUUUCAUCUUGUGCUUGAUAUUAGUUUCAGUUUGGCUCCUAUUGGUAUUGGUUGAGGUGAAGUUUCUGCCGCUGUACCUCUUCUUUCUUGCAACUAUCUCAGCUUUUUGGAGUCUGGUGGAGUUCGUCAGGUUCACUCUUCGCUUUGUAGCAGUGUGAUUAGACUUGAGCUCUUGGUCUUCAGCUCCUUUCUCGUGCUUCCCUGAUAUUGUUCCUUUGGAGUGGUUGCUGUGGAGAAGUUGUGCAUUUGGUAUGUUUGAGUCUCUUGGAAUUGGACUCUCUUAAGAUUAGCCUCCUAUGUUUAAUGUAUCAGUGUUGUUUUAUGCGUUCCUCUAGAUGCCUGAUGUCUGGGCUUGGAUCCCCAUUAAUCUCUUGGGUGCUGGUUCCCGUAAAUCAUUCGGGCUUUGUUUGCUAAGUAUGAAUGUUGUGAUCUGCUUGUAAGAUUUGGUUCAGGAAUCCUUUUAA